AGCCUGGAUCUCGGAAUUGUGGUGGAACUGGUGGAAUUCUGUUUCAAGUGUAGUUAUGUCAGCUUUAUGGAUUAUUUUUACAGACAAAUUUCAGGUUGCCCUAUGGGAGCUCCCUGUUCAUCUCUAUUUGCAAUACUCGUCAUGCAUUUCAUUUUAUCAGAGGUUCAAAGAAGAUUGGACUCCAUAUUUCUAAUUUUACUAGUUUACGUAGAUGAUAUCUUCGCUAUUAUCCCAAAAGAUUCUGUUCAACGCGUCCUAUCGAUUUUUAACUCUAUAGUUCCUGAGAUAAAUUUCACCUAUGAGUUGAAGGACUUGAAUCAUUCCCUUCCAUUUUUAGAUGUCCGAAUUUUCAGAGAUCCAGUGGGUGGAAGGCUAUCAACUGAUCUCUACAGAAAACCAACGAGCACUAGUAGGAACAUAAACUUCAACUCGUUACACCCCUUACAUCAAAAAAUAAAUAUCAUCACACAGUCUAAAUUAAGGAUUACUAACCUUUGCAGUGUUGAGUUCAGAGAAAAGAACUUCACACAUUUGAGAGAAGACUUACAUAAAAAUGGUUAUCCUGCCCGACUCAUUAAUAGUGUAUUGAACUCUCACACUCCUGACCCUCGGAGAGUCAACUUAAAUCUGUCCUCAACAAGGAGAACUUUAAAAUAAUUAGUUACUCUAAGAACACUUUGAAUAACUUGGUGUUCAGUUGUCUCAAUGACAAGACUCCAAAAAAAUUCUUGUCCAAUGUCAUUUAUAAGAUUAAGUGUUGUCACUGUGAGAAAUGCUAUAUUGGCACAACCAAGCAGCACCUCACCAGUAGAAUCUCGAACCACAAGUCAUCAUGUACAACAAUUUCGAAUCAGAGAACAGCUC